AUGCAACUCACCCCCGCCAUUCUCCUGAUUGCUGGCUUGUGCACCGCGGUGCAUAGCCAGGGCUUUGCGGACGAUUGCACCGAUAUCUAUCUCAAGGAAAAUUGGCUGGUGGGCACUUGUCCGACCAGCGACGGGAGUGGAACUAUCACCAGUAGUGUCUACCUCCCCAACAAGAUCACUAACAGCGAAGCCACGCUAGCGUUCCUCGUCCUGCCCCAUGCGUCGACGUCGAGUGUUGAGUCCCGUAGCGGUGCGUAUUCGCAGUCCUGCAGCGACUGCAUCUUGCUCGAUGAGGGAGCGACUCUGCAAUGCUACUGUGAGGCCACCUACGCCACGAACGACAAGAACACGACCUUGAACCUGGAGGAGCACAUCGCCAACUACGAUGGACAUCUGCUCUCCAACCUGACCGGCAGCGUCACCUCCAUUCCGGCCGACUCAUCCUGGCCCAUCCCCUCCGACUUUGAGGUGCAGCUGCAGGUCUCCAGCCUGAACAACAACUGCUCGACGAUCGGGGGUUACCUGACUCUCAACGAUCCGCAGGACUGCUACUAUCUCAAUCUGGGGGUGGAGUACUACUGGUACGCGGCGACGACGGUCAACAACCUGGGGUGGAAGAUUGUGGCGUACCACGAUAGCACGUGCAGCGGGGAGGCAGUGGGCACAUUCACUCCGGAGAAUGUAGACACUUGCCUUACCUUUGAGGAUGGAGUCUCCGGCUUUGCCGUCAUUCCGCUGUGGAAUGCCGACUGA